CGCAUGCGCCGCCUUCUCCCAACAAUCUCCAUCCACCCGCCGCCGCCAUGCGCCACCGCGCUCCCUUCCGCGGCCGCGGCCGGCUUCGCCGUUCCGGAGGUGCUGUCCCUCCUGGAGCGGGCCAUCUCCACGGGGGACGUGCCCGGCUUUGGCCGCGCCGCGCACGCGCUCCUCGUCAAGACGGCGCUCACCAGCCACACCCUCCUAUCCAACCGCCUCGUCGCGCUCUACUCCGUGCUCCCGUCCCCUGUCGCCGCGAUCGCCGCUUUCCACGACCUCCCGCACAAGAAUUCGCACUCCUACAACACGCUACUCGCCGCGCUCUCGCGUGGGCCGGGCACCCUCCCCGACGCCCUCCACCUGUUCGAUGCAAUGCCGGCCGACUCACGCAACAUUGUCUCCUACAACACCGUCAUAUCGUCGCUCGCGCACCACGGCAGGCAGCAAGACGCUCUCCGGCUGGUUGCCCGGCUCGCCAGGGACAGGUUUUUGGGGCCAGGAUUGGCCAUCGACCGUUUCACGGUGGUCAGCGUGGCGACCGCAUGUGCGGGAAUUGGAGCUGCGAGGCCGCUGCGGGAGAUACACGGCGCGGUGCUGGUGUCGGGGAUGGCGUUGACCAUCAUCAUGGCCAACGCCAUGGUGAACGCCUACAGCAAAGUUGGAAGGGUGGACGAUGCAAGGCGGGUGUUUGAUCAGGUCAGCUUCCGGGACAGAAUCACUUGGACAUCGAUGAUCGCUGGGUGCUGCCAAGCGAAGAGGCUUGAUAAGGCAGUGCAGGUGUUCGAUAUGAUGCCAGAUAAAGAUAGGAUUGCAUGGACAGCAUUAAUAUCUGGGCAUGAGCAGAAUGGAGAGGAGGACGCUGCUCUCGAGCUGUUUGAACAGAUGUUGGCUGAGGGGGUAUGGCCAACGCCUUUUGCGUUGGUGUCAGCUUUGGGCGCAUGUUCCAAACUUGGGCUUGUCACGCGGGGGAAGGAAUUGCACUGCUUCAUUUUGCGCCAGAGUAUCGGUACAGACCCUUUCAACAUUUUUAUCUACAAUGCUCUCAUUGACAUGUACUGCAAGUGUGGUGACAUGAUGGCGGCUGUGGCACUGUUUCGCCGAAUUCCUGAGAGGGACUACAUCUCUUGGAAUUCGAUGGUUACUGGGUUCUCACAUAAUGGUUUGGGAAAGCAGUCGCUAGCCAUAUUUGAGGAGAUGCUGGUAGCUGGAGUUCGGCCAACCCAUGUCACUUUUCUUGCUGUCCUCACGGCCUGCAGCCAUUCUGGUCUAGUAUCUGAUGCACGUCUCAUUCUUGAAUCAAUGGAGGACCAUGGUCUUGAACCUAGGGCAGAACACUAUGCUGCCUACAUAGAUGCUCUUGGUCGGAAUCACAAGCUGGAAGAAGCAACUGAGUUCAUCAAAGAUUUGCCAUCCAGGAUUGGUCCUGGUACAGCUGGGUCAUGGGGAGCUCUCCUAGGUGCAUGUCGUCUUCACGGAAAUAUCGAGCUCGCAGAGGAAGUGGCAGAGUUCCUGUUUCAGUUAGAGCCUGGGAACAGUGGUCGGUAUGUCAUGCUGUCAAACAUCUAUGCUGCGGCAGGACAGUGGGAUGAUGCACGUCGAGUCAGGGGACUCAUGAAGGAGAAGGGCCUUAGAAAGGAUCAGGCUUACAGUUGGAUCGAAGUGCGGAGUGCAAAGCAUGUAUUCGUUGCUGAGGACAUGUCUCAUUGCGAGGCAGAUGAGAUAUAUGAGAUGUUGGGAAAGCUUCUCGACCAUAUGCGCAUAGCAGGGGAUCCUACCGAACACCAGCUUGACUUGUGUUGAGAGAAACCGCCCAUGUAUAAAAGCAUUACUCUGGUAUUGCCGGGACAAUCACACACUGAUAUGGCCAUGCUAGGCGAGAUCCACUGCUUUGCCAUCAGCAUCCUCAUUCCUGACAUGUAAGUAUCUAAGCCUUGGGAGGCUGCAAAACAGCUCCAGAGUCGAGGGCUUCGGUUGUUGCAGAGUUUUUUAAUCUUCAGUUUGAGAGCACAAAUGCUCAACAAGGUUUACCUAGGGAAUCAACUGCAGUGAUUGAAUGUUCCAAACGUCGUAUCAUGGCGUAAUCUUUCAGUUUCCGGCUUCAACCACAUCAAAAUCUACAAGAGUUUGACCCAAUUCAGUUUGAGUUCUUUGAGUUUACUUCAGAAUCAAAUAUUCCUGGGCACCAUAUGUCAGGUGAUCUUUCUUUCACCAUACGUUAGCAGUUUAGGAGAGAUUAUGAUUGAGUUCAGUUUGUAAAUAUAAGUACCGUUUGGACAGCUGACCAUGUUCUUGCCCAAAUUAAGGGAAAUGAUUCUUAACCAUUCAGCAUCCAGAUCUUACGCGAAUGGUUCACUGAAUGCAUAAUUCAUCAUAGACUUCGUGUCAUUGUGAAUUGUGAAGAACCAGCAC